GAUCGGAUCUGGGUGAGGCAAAGCGUAGCAGAAUUUCAGUUGUGUUUUUAAUCGUGGAGCGUACGGUUCGGCUUUGGUGAUUGUACAAUAUGGCUGAACUUCGAAAUUAUUCACCAAAAUCGACGGAUAACGAAUAUCACAAUGUUACAGUGCCUCCAGAUUAUCAAAAUGGAAAAGAUCAUAUAACAAAUUAUACCAAUGGAAAUCUCUCUGAUGUACCUAAUGGGAAAGAAAAUAAGGCCACAGAUGAGGAUGAAAAAAAGAAGAAAAAGGAAACUAUUCCUAUGGUUGGGCCUUUAGAUGUGUUCAGGUUUUCAGAUUCAGUAGACAAGUUGAUGAUGGUGAUUGGAACAAUAGCUGCCGCAGUUGCAGGUGCUGCUCUCCCUGUCAUGAUUAUUGUCUUUGGGGAAAUGAUUGACACGUUUGUAGACACAGAAAACAUUGAGUUGCUGGUCAAGGAAUUAAAAGAAUAUGUACAAUAUAAAGGACUCAAUGAAUCCCAAGUGAUAAAAAACCCAUCUCUUUUACAGAAUAACUGUGAUGAUAUUAAAAAAUACUACAACAACAGCAAAGACUGUGACAUUCUUUUAGAAGACAUUGUCGAUGACAUGCAGGAAUACGCCAUCUACUAUUGCAUUAUUGGAGCAGGUGUACUCAUUGCCUCCUAUCUACAAGUGGCGUUGUGGAUGACUGCGGCUGAGCGUCAGGCACAUCGCAUCCGGCAGGAAUUUCUCAAGAAUGUCAUGAGACAAGACAUUGGUUGGUUUGAUACACAUGAAGCUGCUGAACUCAACACAAGAUUGGCGGAUGAUGUGGCGAAAAUCCAAGACGGAAUAGGAGAUAAAAUGGGCACCUUCAUGCAGUGGUUUGCAGCUUUUAUUGCUGGUUUUGCCAUUGGCUUUGCCAAUGGUUGGAAGUUAACUCUUGUGAUUCUGGCAGUCAGUCCAUUGUUGGUUGGUGCAGCUGGACUUUUCAGCAAGUUGGCAUCUUCAAUGACAUCAAAAGAGUUAGAGUCUUAUGCUAAAGCUGGUGCUAUAGCGGAGGAAGUUUUUGGGGCUAUCAGGACUGUUGUAGCUUUUGGUGGCCAGGAGAAAGAGGCUAAGAGAUACACUGUCAACCUAAAAGAUGCUCAUGAAUUUGGUAUCAAAAAAGGACUGACCAAUGGAAUUUCAAUGGGAUUUAUUUGGCUUGUUAUUUUUGGCUGUUAUGCUUUAGGCUUUUGGUAUGGUGGAAAACUGGUCAGAGAAGACGACCACUACACUGUUGGGAAAAUGAUUGUAGUCUUCUUUUCUGUCCUAAUUGGGGCGUUUUCAUUGGGUAAUGCUGCUCCCAGUUUACAGUCUCUAGCUACAGCACGUGGCGCCGCCUACAUCAUCUUUCAAAUUAUUGACUUGAAAUCUGCCAUUGAUAGUAGUUCAAAAGAAGGCAAGACUCUCCCAAAUGUGCAUGGUACUAUCAAUUUUAAGAAUAUUCAUUUCAGCUACCCAUCUCGUCCAAGUGUCAAGAUUUUGAAUGGCUUGAAUUUGGAGGCUAAACCUGGCCAGACUGUUGCUUUAGUGGGCUCCAGUGGUUGUGGUAAAAGUACAACAGUUCAGCUCUUGUUAAGAUUUUAUGAUCCUCAUGAUGGAGAGGUACAACUAGAUGGAACAAAUAUUAAAGAGCUGAACAUCAAAUGGCUGCGUAGCAAUAUUGGGCUUGUUAGCCAGGAGCCAGUGCUGUUUGCUACAACAAUUAAGGAAAAUAUUCGCUAUGGUAGAGAUGAUGUGACUGAAGAUCAGAUCAUUCAAGCCACCAAAAAUGCUAAUGCUUACGACUUUAUUAUGAAAUUACCUGAUAAAUUUGAAACGCUGGUUGGUGAGAGAGGAGCUCAGCUUAGUGGUGGCCAGAAACAGAGAAUAGCCAUAGCUCGAGCACUGGUCAGAGAUCCAAAGAUUCUGUUACUUGAUGAAGCCACUUCAGCCCUUGACACAGAGAGUGAAUCAAUAGUGCAGGAUGCCCUCGAUAAGGCAAGACAAGGAAGAACAACUCUUGUGAUUGCACAUCGCCUUUCAACUAUUAAAAAUGCAGACAUUAUUGUUGGCUUUAACAAAGGAGUUGUAGCAGAAAAAGGCACACAUGAUGAACUGAUGGCCAUCAAUGGGAUUUAUCAUCAACUUGUUACUAAUCAGAGUCAGAAAGAGGCAGAAGAACAAGAAGAAAACGCCAUUGAUCUUAGCGAAGUCAAGCACAAACCAUCUUCAGCAGGACAAAAGGAUCUUAUGAGGCAGGCUUCUCGUGUUGAUCCUAAAGCUGAUGAGGAUUUUGAAUAUAAAGAGGAAGAAGAAAAGUUAACAAACGCCCCAUUCACAAGACUGAUGGCCCUAAAUUCACCAGAGUGGUACUUUAUUAUUCUUGGAUGUUUUGGAAGUAUUGUCAAUGGUGGAGUUCAGCCAGCAUUUGCUGUUAUUUUUAGCAAAAUCAUUGCUGUGUUUUCCAAACCCAAAGAUGAACAAGAAGAUGACAUCCGCGAUUACAGUUUGCUCUUGUUUGGCCUUGGCCUCAUAAGCUUUGUUACAAUGUUUUUACAGGGCUACAUGUUUGGCCGCUCAGGUGAAGCACUCACUAUGAGGCUACGUAAUCUAACCUUCAGAUCCAUGUUGAGACAGGACAUAGGCUGGUAUGAUGAUCAUAAGAACAGUGUGGGGGCACUCACUACAAGACUAGCUACUGAUGCUUCACUUGUCCAGGGGGUAACAGGUAUCAGACUGGGCACGGCCCUUAUGGCCUUUUCCAACAUGGGUGUGGCUAUCAUAAUCUCCUUUGUGUACGGCUGGCAGCUGACCCUACUUAUUCUGGCCUUCAUGCCAUUUAUUGCUCUGGGUGGGAUGAUGCAGGUCAAACUUUUGGCUGGGCAAGCUGGCAAGAAUAAAAAAGCUUUGGAAGGAGCUGGCAAGGUUGCUGUGGAGAGUAUUGAAAAUAUUCGUACAGUUGCAUCCUUGUCCAAGGAAGAACUGUUCUUCAAGCAGUAUAUGGAGAAGGUGGAGCCACCGUACAAUGAAGCACUGAAGAGAGCUCAUCUUGUGGGAUUAACCUACGCCUUCUCUCAGGCCAUCAUCUACUUUGCCUACGCUGCGGCUUUUGUUUUGGGUGCUUAUCUUAUUGAAGAGAAAGAAAUGGAUUUUGAAGAUGUCUUUUUGGUUUUUGGUGCUAUUGUGUUUGGAGCCAUGGGCAUGGGGAAUGCAACUGCUUUUGCCCCAGAUGUUGGCAAGGCUCAGAAUGCUGCUAAACACAUCAUAUAUUUACUGGACUCUAAGCCCACUCUUGAUUACACAUCCACUGAUGGACAGAAGUUGCCUGAAAGUUACAAGGCAGAAAUAAAGUUUGAAAAUGUGACCUUCCGAUAUCCAACACGCCCCACUGUUCAAGUUGCCCAAGGGCUGACGUUUUCUGUUUCCCCUGGUCAAACCCUAGCGCUGGUGGGCAGCAGUGGCUGUGGUAAAAGUACCUCAGUCCAGCUCAUUGAGAGGUUCUAUGAUGUAGAGAGUGGAAGUGUGCUCCUUGACAACAGUGAAAUAAAGGCACUGAAUCUUCAGUGGUUGAGGGCCCAGAUUGGGAUAGUAUCCCAGGAGCCCAUUUUGUUUGACCGGAGUAUAGCUGAGAACAUCACCUACGGAGACAACUCGCGUGAAGUCUCAAUGGAUGAAAUCAUCAAAGCUGCUCGUGGUGCGAACAUUCAUGACUUUAUUUCAAACUUACCUGAGGGCUAUGAUACAAAUGUUGGCUCCAAGGGGACACAACUCAGUGGUGGUCAGAAACAGAGAGUGGCUAUAGCUAGAGCACUGGUUCGUCAUCCCAAGAUUCUUCUUUUGGAUGAAGCUACAUCAGCAUUAGACACAGAAAGUGAAAAGAUUGUCCAAGAAGCAUUAGAUAAAGCAAGGGAGGGCAGGACGUGUGUGGUCAUAGCUCACAGGCUGUCCACCAUCAAGAAUGCUGACAAGAUUUGUGUGGUCAGCCAUGGGAAGAUUGCCGAGUCUGGCACACACACGGAGCUGUUGAACAAACAGGGCUUGUAUUAUAAGCUGGUCAAGAGCUCAAUGAGGCACUGAUUUGGUUUAUAAACAGGGCUUGUAUUAUAAGCUGGUCAAGAGCUCAAUGAGGCACUGAUGUGGUUUAUAAACAGGGCUUGUAUUAUAAACUGGUCAAGA